CGUAUCGUCGUCAUCGUCAUCCGCUGUCCCUUCUUUGCUGGAAUGGCUUCCUGUUUGCUCUGUUUCAUUCCCCUUUGAAAGAUGGAAUAUUGUUUACUUUCUUUAACACAUUUUUAUAAAAACUACUCCUGUGUGCGGGGUAACAGACCACCAGGACCCGGAUAUAGGCUGCAGGAGGAGGGAAUAGCAGGACUGUCAGAGGGCUCAGCAUGCUGUUAUCCCAGCUACCAGAAGAUGUUCUCUAUCAUAUCUUGUCUUGUUUGGACUGCAAAUCUUUAUGUCGCCUCUCUCAAGUCUGUAAAAGGAUUUACUACUUCGUUAACCGGGACGUGGUGUGGAGGAAGAUCGCUAAAGAGUGUUUAAACACUGGGAUUACUCGAAGUGGGACGGACAUAUAUCCUCACAUCCCACUGAAGGAGAGAGUGAAGGUCGCUCAAAACUGGUGUGAUGGUGUCUGCAAGAAGACUAUUCCUCUCAAAUGGAAAACUAAACUCUUACCAUGGUUGCAGCUGGAUAGGGAUGUACUUUUUCUGUCUCAAGCCGCUGAUAUUGGAGCAUACCAUCAGCACCAAGGCACAGGGAGGCUCCAUCGCAGUCCAUAUGAAAUCUACUCAGGCCACAAGGGUGAUGUCUGUCGCUUUGUUCUGACAGACUCUCACCUGAUAAGUGGUGGAAGUGAUGGCAAGAUCCUGGUCCACAGCAGGAAUAGUGACAUGUCGAUGGAGUUAUCCGGUCAUAAUCAAGAAGUCAACUGUCUGGACUCUAAAGAUGGACUCAUCAUCAGUGGGUCCAGAGACCGUACAGCUCGGAUUUGGACUUUGAAUUCCAGCUGCACCAGAUGCAUAAUUCCAAUGUAUGACAGAGUGUGGUCUGUUGCUAUAAGUCCAACAUUGAGCUCCUUUGUAACAGGCACUGCAUGCUGUGAGAACCUCUCUCCUCUCCGCAUCUGGGAUGUUGAACGGUCGGAGUGUGUGUGCAGUCUGGGCUCACAGUUUCGUCGCGGGGCCGGUGUGUUGGAUAUGGUCUUUGAGUCUCCCUUCCAGCUCUUCACCUGUGGAUAUGAUACCUACAUCCGGCUGUGGGACCUCCGACUCAACCCACGGAAGUGUGUGAUGGAGUGGGAGGAGCCUCAUGACAGCGCUCUUUACUGCAUCCAGACAGACGGAAAUCACAUGAUAGCCAGCGGCUCCUCAUACUAUGGCGUUGUACGAUUUUGGGACAAACGGAAGACUGAAUGCCUGCAGUUCUUCCAGCUGAGCUCAGACCCGGUGAGCAGCCCUGUGUACUGCCUGAGGUUCAGCAGCUCUCAUCUGUACGCAGCCCUGGCCACCUCCCUACAUUCAAUGGACUUUAGACAGAACCACAUCCACAUCAGAUGAUACACACACAAACGCUGUUCAAAUGAAUUUGUGCAAUAAAGCUGUCUAUUUUCACAAUA